AUGAAUGAUGAUGAUGAUGAUGAUGAUGAUGAUGAUGAUGAUGAUGAUGAUGAUGAUGAUGAUGAUGAUGAUGAUGAUGAUGAUGAUGAUGAUGAUGAUGAUGAUGAUGAUGAGGAUGAUGAUGAUGAUGAUGAUGAUGAUGAUGAUGAUGAUGAUGAUGAUGAUGAGAUGAUGAUGAUGAUGAUGAUGAUGAUGAUGAUGAUGAUGAUGAUGAUGAUGAUGAUGAUGAUGAUGACUGAUGAUGAUGAUGAUGAUGAUGAUGAUGAUGAUGAUGAUGAUGAUGAUGAUGAUGAUGAUGAUGAUGAUGAUGAUGAUGAUGAUGAUGAUGAUGAUGAUGAUGAUGAUGAUGAUGAGAUGAUGAUGAUGAUGAUGAUGAUGAUGAUGAUGAUGAUGAUGAUGAUGAUGAUGAUGAUGAUGAUGAUGAUGAUGAUGAUGAUGAUGAUUGAUGAUGAUGAUUGA